AUGUCACAUCAGCUCCCCACCAUCACCCCAAAUAGCCACUGCCAUUCAAAGAACCAUUCAAGCUGGCUUCUGGCACCCACCAGAGAAGAGUCUCAAAGACAGGUGGAGACGGUGACCCUCCCCUUCUCAGCACUGAUAGGGACUGUGUGGACAAGAAUUGGGAGUCCCGGCUGGGUGACAGUUUUUCAAAAAGACAUCAUAGAUCAGGUAAUGCAGUUUGUUGAAUUCAGUCGGCAGUUUGUGAAGGAAUCAAUUCGCCUGGUUAAAAGAUGCACCAAACCUGACAGAAAAGAAUUCCACAAGAUUGCAAUGGCAACAGCAAUAGGAUUUUCUAUAAUGGGACUUAUCGGCUUUUUUGUGAAACUGAUCCAUAUCCCUACUAAUAACAUCAUUGUUGGUGGCUGAAUACCUUUACAGAAGAAUGAUAUCCACCUUGGAGACUGGUGAAAAUUUGAGACUUGGAGAAGAAGAAUUGGAGUAAAAAUUUGCCUAUA